AUGCCUCUCCUGUUAGUCACAGGGUAUCCAUCAUGCGGGAAAACUACUAUAGUUCAACGAAUAUACGAUUACUUCGGCAAAAAGGGGAAGGAGGUAGUUAUCGUCUGCGACGAUGAUUAUCCUACUCUUAGCAGGGAUGACUAUGGUAAUGCCACCAAAGAAAAAGAGCUUCGAUCAUACGUUCGUUCUUCACUUCAAAAAUCUUUGAAUAAGGAUACAAUUGUUAUAUGCGAUGCUUUAAAUUAUAUCAAAGGAUACCGUUAUGAAUUGUUCCUUAUUGCCAAGCUUUGUAAAACAACUUACGCGGUACUUUAUUGCCACGCGACUGAAGAGACCUGCAAAUGGCUGAACCAGCAUAAGGAAGAGCGGUUGAAGUAUAAUGACGACAUCAUUAGCGAGCUCAUCACUCGAUAUGAGAAGCCUGAUCCGCGAAAUCGCUGGGAUUCUCCUCUUUUUGAGAUCAAUGUUGGGAAAAGUGAAAAGUGA